AUGUUUGGAUGUCGCAAAGUGGAAUGUGUCGGGGAAGAUCUGGUCAGAUUAGAUGAUAUGAUUACUUUGAAGAUGGAUGUACAAGUGGCAGCAUCAAUAGUAGCUUUGCGUCCGUGCAUUGAAGCAAUGCUCGUAAGAAGUUGUAUCAAUCCGGAGUCUUUGAUGACAGCUACUGAGCAAGAUCGAGAACUAUGUACACUUCUGCGGGAACUUUCUUCUCCUGAGUUCUUCGCGGGUGGAGGACCAAUGAAAGAUGCCUUGCUAACGGAUGCGGCCUUGGUUCAGCCCAUUACUGCGGGGCGAGGCCGGGGUGGACCGCGAUUUGCAGGCCCCCGAGGCGAUCGUGGAGGCGGAGGACGUGGUUGGAGAGGAGGUGCUUCAUUUGGAGGGCCAGAACCAAAUGGUUUCAACGGGUUUGAUCGCAGAGGAGGAAGAGGCCAAUGGAGUGGGGGCGGUGGUGGUGGCCCUAUAAGAAAUAUUGGUUGGCGAGGAAAUCGAGGAGGUCGCGGUGGUUAUGGUGGAGGUGGAUACAGACCUUACCCGCCAAGAGGACAGCGUUGUGCUCAGCUAGUUACAGACUUACAAGGAGACAUGUGUGCAGCAGAAAAGGAGAAACCGACGGCUCCGAAAGGCACAAAGGUGGUUUUACGUCGACUUCCUCGUGAUAUGACGGAAGCUGAGUUGAUGUCCAAAUUGGGACAGAUACCACCUUCAAUCUACACCUAUUUUGUACCAGCUGAUAAGGAAAUGGAGCCAUUUGCAUAUUCUCGAUGCUAUUUUACAUUUGUCAAGAACUCUGAAGUCUUAGAAUUCAGUCGCAAAUGGAAUGGCUUCCGAUUUGUGGACUCUAAUGGUAACCAUUCAAUAGCAAUGGUGGAACUGACUGCUAAUGACCGCAUACCA